CGGGAUAAGAGAUCACAGCCAGUUACCAGUCCGACUACUGGCCAAUCAGAUCACUGGAAAAACCAGCCGCAUCAUUCUACAGGAGCCUGGCUAGGACAAAAGAGUUUAGAGAUUAUCCAGUAGAAAUCAGACGUGGCAAAGCCACUCUGACGUCACGCUGUUUUGGCUUUGAUCUUUGGAACGAGCUCAGAUCAGACUGACCUCCGACCGACAAGCAGCAUCUCUCCUGUCAACGGCGACAACAACUUCUUCAUCAUCAUCAUCAUUAACAACAACAACAACAACAACAACAACAACAGAUCUUCCUCUCAACUUCUUCACCGAUGCAUUCAGUUUCGAUCUAACAUGCUGAGGACGAGGAACCCAAGAGGCGAGUCAUUUGGGCAGAUGCAGCCUGAAGCUGCUGUCCAGCAACAGAACUACCCUCGGUACAUGAUGCCAAGCCUGCACCGAACCCUCCAGGUCUCCAAGAAGGUGAACCAGCAGCUGACGGCAGCAAACGCUGCUCUGAGGGGGCAGAUUGCCAGACUGACCAGCAGCUGGGAGAAGGAGAAGAAUAUGUUGGUGGAAGACAGUGAUGUUUUAGUAGCAAGAAGAGAGUUGGACAAAAUGGCAAAGACAAUGGUACAGUCAAUGGCCAGACAGAGAGCACUGGACACAGAGAAUGAACACAUGGCCCUGGACAUUGAGGCAAAGAACCUGGACAUUGUUAAACUAAGUGCACAUCUCCGGAGGCAGGAGGCUGAGAAUCAGGAGCUCGAAGCUCAGAUCCUCCAGAGCGACGAUACGUCGCAGGACAGAGUCACUGCUCUGCAGCAGACACUCGGGAAUCAGCAGGAAACCAACUCCGAGAGAGAAGCGGAGCUGCAGCAGAAGAUCAGAGACGGCACGGAGAGGUGGCUCACAAUGCAGCAGGACUCCGAGAGAAGAGUGAGCAGGAUGGAGGAGGACAUAUGUCUCCUCAUUCUGCAAAACAAGGAGCUCCAGGAACUCGUGGUCAUGUCCAACAAAGACAAGGCAAAGAGGAAGAAGGUGGAGAAAAAGGCAAAGAAGGAGGAAGAGAAAAGACAAAAGAGGGAGAGGAAAGAGAAGAAGGAGCAGGAGAAGGAACAUAUGAAAAGAGAGAACGAGAAGAGGGAAGAAAAACAAUUAAACCCCCCUUUCCUUUACCCCUAACUCCACACUCCCACACCCUUAACCCUUUCUUACCUUUCCCAACCCCCCCUUUACCCACCCUUCCCUAAUGAAAUAAUGAUAAUAAAUAUGUUUUUAUUCAUUUAAGAAA